AAGGCAGUGGCAGCGGCACUGUGGUCACACAGCUCCAGACCGCCAGCCAUGCCUUCGCUCACUCUGUGCCUCUUAGGGGUCCUGGCCACAGUGGCCUGCUCUGCCCCGGUGGAACCCACGGGCAGUACGGAGCCGGCACAGUAUGAAGAGCUGACCUUGCUCCUCCAUGGGGUUCUCCAGCUGAGCCAGGCCCUCAAUGGCGUAUACAGGACCACCGAGAAGCGGCUGACGGAGGCCAGGCACGGCGUGGACCUCUCUGGCCACGUCCUAGAGUUUCUGGGACUAGAAGUCAGCCAAGGCCGGGAUGCAACUCAGGAACUCCGUACAAACUUGUCGGAGAUCCAGAUGGACGAGGAUGCUCUGCAGGCGCAGGCGGAGGCCGCAGCCCAGGAGCUGGCGCAGGCAGGCCAGGCACAGCAGGUGCUGCAGGAUGGCGUGCAGCGGCUGCAAACCCAGCUAAGGGACGCCUGGCUGGGCCACGCCCGGCACGAGCUGGAGACCUUAAAGGCUCACAGUAACAAGCAGAGCUACCUCAUGUGGGUCAUCAUGGGCCACAUGCAGCGACAGAAGCAGGAGAUGGUGGUGCAGCAGCAAUGGCUGCGACAGAUCCAGGAGCGACUGCACGCAGCGGCGCUCCCGGCCUGAGCCUCCCGAGCAGAUCUGAGGAUCAGUCGCACAGCAAGGGACAUGUCUGCACGCCAUUUGGCCCUGCACAGGUGGAGCUGCCUGUCUGCUGGGGUUGGCCAGGGCGCCCCCCGGUUUCAGGCACAGAGCAGAGGCAGCGGCUAGCGGGGCACAGGCAGAGGACACGGCCCCAUGAGGAGGGAAGAGGAAGGACGUGCGCUCCUUCGUGCCUCAGAGCAUCUUGCCUGGCAAGCGCAAGGGCCUGAGUUCAAUCCCCGGUUCCAGAAAAAAAAGAAACAUAAAAGCAGAGCAUCUCAGCCCUCGUCUGCCGUGUGUCUGUGUGCAAGGGGGAUGUCACCCGGCUGG